CCGAGAACCCCGAAUAGCAGUAAGACAACAGAAGAGGUACACACCUGAGGUACACACCUGGGGUACACACACCUGUGCCCAUCAUGAGGGACACAACGCUGGGCCUCCUGCUGCUGCUGAGCGUGCAAGCGUUAGCCGAGCAAGGACUAGAAUCAGGAGGAGAGGAGUUCCCAUCUUCUUGUCCGUUGGAGGAAAGAUACAAGAGUUACAGGAAAUAUCUGUACACAUACACAGCCGAGAGCAGAAAUGGAGUGGCUGGCACCGCUAACCUCCGAAACGGACCCAAAGUGUCUUGCAAGGUGGAGCUGGUGGUGCUGCAGGCGUGCGCCUUCAUCCUGCACACCACGGAAUGCUCCCUCAGCGAGGUGUCGGUCAUCGACGCCCAGGGCCAGCCCGUGUACCGGCAGGCGGCCGGAUCCGAGGCCUUCCAAGCCGCCAUGGAGAGGAGGCGUCUGAGCUUCACCGUAGAGAUGAAGACCGAGGUCUCGCUCUACCCAUCGGAGGAGGAGAAGAACAUUCUCAACGUCAAGAGGGGCAUCAUCUCUGCCCUCCUCGCCCCCUCCAUGAACGCGCAGGACAACAAAGUGAUGGCCACCAUCCACGGCCUGUGCAAGUCCAGUGUUGUCACCAACGCGCACGAGGACAUCGACACGGACGUCACAGUGCACCGGUGGGACCUGGCCGAGUGCUCCCACUUCUCCCCCCGGAGGCUCCCCAGCAGCCCUCUGGCUCUCAUCCGUGGCCUGCACACUCCGUUGUCCAUGCUCGUGAGCAGCUCCCAGGAGUGCAACUACCAGUUUGAUAACAGGAGGAAGCACAUGACCGCAGCCCUGUGCACAGAGAAGCAUCUUUUCAGGCCUUUCUCUCAUAAUGAGCAGUACGGCAUGUCAUCAGUGGUCACGCAGACUCUGACCCUGCAGGACACCGCAAAGAGCAACAAGAGAUACUUCGAAACCCCUGGACGUCCGGCGCUUCUCUACCUUGAGGAGGCAGAGGACAAGCGCCCCCUGCAGUCCAAAGACAGCGUCCUGUCCACCAUGAGAGACCUCAGCGGCCUGCCCCCAGAUCAGGGCCAUCAGCGGGCCGGCCUCUUCUACAAGCUGGUGUGGGAGAUGCGCGGCCUGCACAACCGCACGCUGGCCGCGGCCGCGGAGGAGAUGAUGGGCGUGUCGGCGCCACUGGCCUGGCAGGCGCUGGUCCAGUGCGGGACGCCAGAGUGCCACAGCGCCCUGCUGGUCCACCUCCGCAGGCCAGACGUGACCGGUCCCGCCGCCGACGCCCUCGUGUACGCCAUGGGCGCGGCCGGCCUGCACUCCUCCCCAGAGGUCAUCUGGGACCUCCUCGCCAUGGCCGAGGCCAGGAACACCAGACCGGUCAUCUACGCUCUUGGAUACGCAGUCAAGGACCUCUUUGCGGAGGGUGAGACGCAUGAGGCCAUCGUUGCUGCGGCGGAGUUCCUGAAACUCAGACUGGGGGACUGUACUGGGGAAGAGGAUAGCACAAUCCUGACUUUACGGGUGAUUGGGAUGAUCGGAAUUGCAGUGCAGGAUAAGGUUCAGCCCGCCCUUCUCAGCUGUGUGAGCCAAUCAGCUGCCUCCCCUUUAGUACAGAGAACAGCCAUUAAGGCCCUCCGGAAGAUGGACAUGAAAUCAGAGAUCAUGGCAAGUCUGCUCCAGAUCUUCCAGGAUGAAGGUGCGUCGCCUCAGACACGGAUGGUGGUGUACAUGACCAUCAUGGGAAACCCGGGCUCUGAUGUGACCUCAGUCUUGCGCUACUUUCAGACCGCUCAGAUGGACCCUGAAGUCAAGAACUUUGUGGCAUCUCACCUGAUCAACGUAUUAAGUGUUGACAACCCAGGUGCUGCAUAUUCAAUUCAAGAUGAAGUCAUAUCAAAUUUUAUUGAAGUGAUUCCAAACUAUGAUGGAAAAUCCAGACACCGCGUCUUGAAUCUACCUCACCUUGCUAGCCUGGAGAGCCAUUAUAUUGCUGAACAGUAUAGCAGACUCCCAAAAGAAGUCAUUCUCAAGAUUGCUGGCAAUUUCCUGGAUGGAACAGAAGAUAUUGAGGUUGGCGUUGAAGGCCUUGAGGGACUUGAGCCUUUCGCUGAGGCCCUCGUUGGUGAGGACGGCCUCGUCCCAAACCUGCUGCUGACCACCAUGAGCUGGCUAGGGGACAACACGUCACCACAGCUCAAAAAGCUCCUGGACAAGCUGUUUGGCUCCACGCCAGGAGACCGGCAGAAACGACAGUUGCCGCAGGACAUCUUCAACAAAUUCAUGGAGAAGCUGAAGUCUCAGGACUCCUCUGAGAUUCUGGCAUACGUCAGACUGCUGAGGAGAGAGCUGGGCUACAUCAAGACCAGCGACCUGAAGCAACUAGGCGAGGACAUUGCUAAGUAUGCCAGCAUAGUCUUCAAGGACUUGCCCACCAAGGGUCUGAAGGCGAUGCUGUCCGGCGAGGAUAACGAGCUGUUCGGCCACUACAUCUUCAUGGACGAGAACAUGGUCCUGCCCACCGGCUCAGGGUUCCCUCUCCGGCUCUCGCUGUCUGGUGUCUUUGCCCCGGGAGCGAGGGGAGGCAUUUCGGUCUCGCCAGAUAUGCACCAGGUGUCUUUCAUGCCCUCUGCUGGAGUGGAGUUUAUCACCCACAUGGGCGUACACAUCCCUGAGUUUGUCGCCGCGGGCAUUGAGAUGCACACCAACCUGUACCAUGAGAGUGCUCUGAACGCUAAGGUCACCAUCGCCAGGGGCCAGGUCAAGCUCUCUAUCCCGCCACCAGAGGGCGAUGUCCAGCUCUUCAGCAUCAGCAACAAGCUGUUGUCCGUGUCCUCGUCCCAGCCCAAGAUUGUGCCGUCUCUGGUGGAGGACAGAACAGACACCACUGAGUGCCAUCCCCUCUUCACCGGCCUGAAGUACUGCACCACCAUGCGCUACUCAAACGCCAGCUCCAACAGCGAGGCUCCCUACUAUCCCCUCACUGGAGAAACCAAGUUUGCGUUAGAUCUCCAGCCCACAGGGGAGGUCACGGAGUACACCGCCACCGUCGCUUACAAACUCCUCUCGGAGGGCAAGCAGGGUCGCCAUAAAGUGGACUCGGUGAAGAUCGAUCUGAAAAUGGAGGGGUCUGAGCCUUGUGAAGCCACAGCCAUCAUGAAGUACAACCGGAACAAGGGCAUCUUCACCACUGACCUCCAGGUCCCAGACACUGAUUUUGAGGCCGGGUUGAAGCUGACCGCUGGUGACAGCAAUGUGAAGGGGAAGAAAAUGAAAGGCUUCACUAUUGAUGUGACCAAUAAGAAUGUCCCACAAAUGUCACUGGUUGCCCGGGCAAGGCUGGAGUCCAUGAAGGAUGCGCUGGUCCAGGUUGAGAUGGAAAUCCCCUCAUUGCUCUCAAAAGCAACAACCACAGCGACCCUGAAGAAGGAGAAUGGACUCAUUCUACAGCUGGAAACAGACAUUGAUAUCCCAAAGAUGUCUUCCAUUCAGACUGCCAUCGUCAGAUAUGAUGAGAACAAAGUUGAGGUCGAGUUGAAGUCAGAUAUGAAUUCAGAUUUUGACAAACUCUUCCCCAACAUGGAGGGUAUGAGGAACAACCUGCAGGCAGCCAUUGAUGACAUGUUGGACCAGAAGGUCCCCAAGACAGACAUGAAGCUGCGUCACAUUGUCUCUAAAGGCUUUGAGGCAGUCAACAUCUGGCUUGAUAAAGUGGCGGCAGAUGUUCCCUAUGUAAACAACCUGAGGAGCAGAAGAAGCAUCCCAGAGCUGCCACCUGUUCCUGAGAAGCUAUUUAUGAAAUGGGAAACUCUGUUCAGGUACCAGUUCAACAAGGGCAGAAUGACUAUUUCGUUACCUCUUCCACUUGGGGGCCAAUCUUCGGAUGACCUAAGAAUUCCACCAGAGCUGUCCAUCCCAAAUAUCUUUGUGCCAGAAAUAGGCCUGGAUAUUCCUGCCAAUACUAUAAGAAUUCCAUCCUUCUCCAUUCCCGAAGACAUUGACUUCUCAAUGCCUAUGCUAGGUCUGGCUGAGUUGACCACAAAGGUUACCAGUAGCCUGUGCAGCUGGGAGGGUUCAGUCCUGGGCGGAAACAAUACCGCUGAUGUCCCCAGCUUCAUUGGCCAAUACAAAAUAAUCUCAGACUGCAUCCUACCCUUCAAAGCUGAAGGUGCUGGAAUGAUUACAGGCACGUUUGAAGAGUCCCUAAAGUAUGUGGUGAACAGCUCACUGAGCCACAGCCUCCUGGACGCCAGCUUUAGCGCCUCGGAAACCAUUGCCUGGAAAGACGAUGUGGUUGGACGAACUAAUUACAGACUGCAAGCGUCAAGCCCACUUGGACUAUCUGCAUCUUUACAUUCUUCCUCACAGUCUCUGUCAAAAGGCGAUGAGGUUAAAGGAGAUGGUGACAUGGAUGGAGACAUCAAGGUUGGACCUCUGUUUGCUAAAUUUGAAUACACUAUGACCUACAUGUUUGAUGGCAAAAAUGACAACAAAGGAGAAUCAACGUUCAAGCUUGAUUCUUCAGUUAUUCAACUUGAAAACAAGAUGAAUGGAGACUUCACAGAUGAGGUGUUGACUGUCCGAUCCAGAACGAUGACACCAAAUGAAGCCUUGAAACACAUGUUAGAGCUGAAACUAGAGGACUGCAAGUUCACUCUGAAGUCAGACGCCACGGCAAAGGUUCUGAGCAAUACCAUCAAUAACAAAGUUGCCCUCGGCAUCGCUUGUGAAGCUGCAAACCUGAAGGUGGAAACAGAGAUUGAUGACGGAAAAAACCGAGCCUACGGUGUCCUUUCUGGGACACUGGACGGUGAUGGCCUGGAGACGAGUGCGGAUGGCUCCGUGGUGUUUGACUCUUGCCGCGGUUCCCACAAAUCCUCCCACAACAUUAACAGUGCAACCGGUUUAACCACUAGUGGCACAACCAAUUUGCAGUGCAGCCCGAUGACAUUCGAAAAUAGCUUUGAUGGUAGGAUUGACGACACUAGAGCCACGUUAUCGGUCACAUCCAAAGCAGCUGGCCGAGACAACGAUGGGGAGCUCAAAAUAGAGGGUACAGUAACUUCCUCACAAGCUGCUGUCAACACAGUUCUCAAGGGAAACCUUUUUGAUACCGACAUUGACUACACUUCAAGUGUGGGUCUAACUCCAGAAGGCCUGACCUACGCUGACAGUGUGACAGGGGCUCUAGGGGGUAUGACCACAAGAAAUUCCCAUUCAUUGAAGAUCACUCUUUGGACCUUGACUCUCCGCUCCAAGUCUGACUGCUUUGUUUGUGAUGGCACGUCUUACAAGCAUGACAUCAACGUGAACCUAAAGCCAUUUGUUGCAACAAUAAGCACUAACAAUGACAUUGAGCUCUUUGACAUGAGUCUCAGCAAUGAAGGACAGCUGAAGCUGGAGCCACUGAAGCUGGAUCUGUCAGGUAGCAUAACUGGUGCCUCUAUUGGCGGUGACCAAAUGAAACACGCUUGCUCCAUCAACUAUGCUGACCUCGCUGGAUUUGUAAAAUGCAGCACAAACGUCAAACUGUCUGAGACCCAGUUUAAUCACAACUUUGAACUGCAAUAUGCAGGGCUGGCAUCUAAACUGAGCAGCGAGGCUCUGAUCAACUCCAAGGUCCUGCGUCUAGAGAGCACCCUGCGGACGAUGGCAGAGCCUUUCAGUCUAACUGUUGAUGCCAUCCUCAAUAGUGACAGUGAGGUGGACUUCUAUGGGAAGCACAAGGGCCAGCUGUACAGCAAGUAUCUUUUGAGAGCAAAACCGCUUGGCAUUGCCCACUCUCACGACUGCAGGGCAUCAGCUACACACAAGAUGCCCUCUGGGGCCACUCAUGAGACUCACCUUGAAAAUAAGCUUGAAGGUGUCUUGACCCCCAGUGAACAGUCCUGGCUCUGGAAGAUCAAGUCCAAGAUAAACGACCAUGCUUACAAUCAGGACAUCAGCACCUACAAUAAUGACGAGAGAAUGGGGAUUGAAUAUGCUGGCGUGGUCUUCACCAAUCUUGUAAACAAAGCAGCCAUGUCUGAUGACCCAGACUUCCAGAGUGAUCACUCUUUUGACAACCAAGAAUUUAGUCUGUCGGCGUUCCUGAAAUAUGACAAGAAUAGUGAUUCUCACAUACUUUCCCUGCCUUCAAUGUUUAUCCAUGUAAUUUUGUUUUAUAGCCCAGGUGCUGCAUAUUCAAUUCAAGAUGAAGUCAUAUCAAAUUUUAUUGAAGUGAUUCCAAACUAUGAUGGAAAAUCCAGACACCGCGUCUUGAAUCUACCUCACCUUGCUAGCCUGGAGAGCCAUUAUAUUGCUGAACAGUAUAGCAGACUCCCAAAAGAAGUCAUUCUCAAGAUUGCUGGCAAUUUCCUGGAUGGAACAGAAGAUAUUGAGGUUGGCGUUGAAGGCCUUGAGGGACUUGAGCCUUUCGCUGAGGCCCUCGUUGGUGAGGACGGCCUCGUCCCAAACCUGCUGCUGACCACCAUGAGCUGGCUAGGGGACAACACGUCACCACAGCUCAAAAAGCUCCUGGACAAGCUGUUUGGCUCCACGCCAGGAGACCGGCAGAAACGACAGUUGCCGCAGGACAUCUUCAACAAAUUCAUGGAGAAGCUGAAGUCUCAGGACUCCUCUGAGAUUCUGGCAUACGUCAGACUGCUGAGGAGAGAGCUGGGCUACAUCAAGACCAGCGACCUGAAGCAACUAGGCGAGGACAUUGCUAAGUAUGCCAGCAUAGUCUUCAAGGACUUGCCCACCAAGGGUCUGAAGGCGAUGCUGUCCGGCGAGGAUAACGAGCUGUUCGGCCACUACAUCUUCAUGGACGAGAACAUGGUCCUGCCCACCGGCUCAGGGUUCCCUCUCCGGCUCUCGCUGUCUGGUGUCUUUGCCCCGGGAGCGAGGGGAGGCAUUUCGGUCUCGCCAGAUAUGCACCAGGUGUCUUUCAUGCCCUCUGCUGGAGUGGAGUUUAUCACCCACAUGGGCGUACACAUCCCUGAGUUUGUCGCCGCGGGCAUUGAGAUGCACACCAACCUGUACCAUGAGAGUGCUCUGAACGCUAAGGUCACCAUCGCCAGGGGCCAGGUCAAGCUCUCUAUCCCGCCACCAGAGGGCGAUGUCCAGCUCUUCAGCAUCAGCAACAAGCUGUUGUCCGUGUCCUCGUCCCAGCCCAAGAUUGUGCCGUCUCUGGUGGAGGACAGAACAGACACCACUGAGUGCCAUCCCCUCUUCACCGGCCUGAAGUACUGCACCACCAUGCGCUACUCAAACGCCAGCUCCAACAGCGAGGCUCCCUACUAUCCCCUCACUGGAGAAACCAAGUUUGCGUUAGAUCUCCAGCCCACAGGGGAGGUCACGGAGUACACCGCCACCGUCGCUUACAAACUCCUCUCGGAGGGCAAGCAGGGUCGCCAUAAAGUGGACUCGGUGAAGAUCGAUCUGAAAAUGGAGGGGUCUGAGCCUUGUGAAGCCACAGCCAUCAUGAAGUACAACCGGAACAAGGGCAUCUUCACCACUGACCUCCAGGUCCCAGACACUGAUUUUGAGGCCGGGUUGAAGCUGACCGCUGGUGACAGCAAUGUGAAGGGGAAGAAAAUGAAAGGCUUCACUAUUGAUGUGACCAAUAAGAAUGUCCCACAAAUGUCACUGGUUGCCCGGGCAAGGCUGGAGUCCAUGAAGGAUGCGCUGGUCCAGGUUGAGAUGGAAAUCCCCUCAUUGCUCUCAAAAGCAACAACCACAGCGACCCUGAAGAAGGAGAAUGGACUCAUUCUACAGCUGGAAACAGACAUUGAUAUCCCAAAGAUGUCUUCCAUUCAGACUGCCAUCGUCAGAUAUGAUGAGAACAAAGUUGAGGUCGAGUUGAAGUCAGAUAUGAAUUCAGAUUUUGACAAACUCUUCCCCAACAUGGAGGGUAUGAGGAACAACCUGCAGGCAGCCAUUGAUGACAUGUUGGACCAGAAGGUCCCCAAGACAGACAUGAAGCUGCGUCACAUUGUCUCUAAAGGCUUUGAGGCAGUCAACAUCUGGCUUGAUAAAGUGGCGGCAGAUGUUCCCUAUGUAAACAACCUGAGGAGCAGAAGAAGCAUCCCAGAGCUGCCACCUGUUCCUGAGAAGCUAUUUAUGAAAUGGGAAACUCUGUUCAGGUACCAGUUCAACAAGGGCAGAAUGACUAUUUCGUUACCUCUUCCACUUGGGGGCCAAUCUUCGGAUGACCUAAGAAUUCCACCAGAGCUGUCCAUCCCAAAUAUCUUUGUGCCAGAAAUAGGCCUGGAUAUUCCUGCCAAUACUAUAAGAAUUCCAUCCUUCUCCAUUCCCGAAGACAUUGACUUCUCAAUGCCUAUGCUAGGUCUGGCUGAGUUGACCACAAAGGUUACCAGUAGCCUGUGCAGCUGGGAGGGUUCAGUCCUGGGCGGAAACAAUACCGCUGAUGUCCCCAGCUUCAUUGGCCAAUACAAAAUAAUCUCAGACUGCAUCCUACCCUUCAAAGCUGAAGGUGCUGGAAUGAUUACAGGCACGUUUGAAGAGUCCCUAAAGUAUGUGGUGAACAGCUCACUGAGCCACAGCCUCCUGGACGCCAGCUUUAGCGCCUCGGAAACCAUUGCCUGGAAAGACGAUGUGGUUGGACGAACUAAUUACAGACUGCAAGCGUCAAGCCCACUUGGACUAUCUGCAUCUUUACAUUCUUCCUCACAGUCUCUGUCAAAAGGCGAUGAGGUUAAAGGAGAUGGUGACAUGGAUGGAGACAUCAAGGUUGGACCUCUGUUUGCUAAAUUUGAAUACACUAUGACCUACAUGUUUGAUGGCAAAAAUGACAACAAAGGAGAAUCAACGUUCAAGCUUGAUUCUUCAGUUAUUCAACUUGAAAACAAGAUGAAUGGAGACUUCACAGAUGAGGUGUUGACUGUCCGAUCCAGAACGAUGACACCAAAUGAAGCCUUGAAACACAUGUUAGAGCUGAAACUAGAGGACUGCAAGUUCACUCUGAAGUCAGACGCCACGGCAAAGGUUCUGAGCAAUACCAUCAAUAACAAAGUUGCCCUCGGCAUCGCUUGUGAAGCUGCAAACCUGAAGGUGGAAACAGAGAUUGAUGACGGAAAAAACCGAGCCUACGGUGUCCUUUCUGGGACACUGGACGGUGAUGGCCUGGAGACGAGUGCGGAUGGCUCCGUGGUGUUUGACUCUUGCCGCGGUUCCCACAAAUCCUCCCACAACAUUAACAGUGCAACCGGUUUAACCACUAGUGGCACAACCAAUUUGCAGUGCAGCCCGAUGACAUUCGAAAAUAGCUUUGAUGGUAGGAUUGACGACACUAGAGCCACGUUAUCGGUCACAUCCAAAGCAGCUGGCCGAGACAACGAUGGGGAGCUCAAAAUAGAGGGUACAGUAACUUCCUCACAAGCUGCUGUCAACACAGUUCUCAAGGGAAACCUUUUUGAUACCGACAUUGACUACACUUCAAGUGUGGGUCUAACUCCAGAAGGCCUGACCUACGCUGACAGUGUGACAGGGGCUCUAGGGGGUAUGACCACAAGAAAUUCCCAUUCAUUGAAGAUCACUCUUUGGACCUUGACUCUCCGCUCCAAGUCUGACUGCUUUGUUUGUGAUGGCACGUCUUACAAGCAUGACAUCAACGUGAACCUAAAGCCAUUUGUUGCAACAAUAAGCACUAACAAUGACAUUGAGCUCUUUGACAUGAGUCUCAGCAAUGAAGGACAGCUGAAGCUGGAGCCACUGAAGCUGGAUCUGUCAGGUAGCAUAACUGGUGCCUCUAUUGGCGGUGACCAAAUGAAACACGCUUGCUCCAUCAACUAUGCUGACCUCGCUGGAUUUGUAAAAUGCAGCACAAACGUCAAACUGUCUGAGACCCAGUUUAAUCACAACUUUGAACUGCAAUAUGCAGGGCUGGCAUCUAAACUGAGCAGCGAGGCUCUGAUCAACUCCAAGGUCCUGCGUCUAGAGAGCACCCUGCGGACGAUGGCAGAGCCUUUCAGUCUAACUGUUGAUGCCAUCCUCAAUAGUGACAGUGAGGUGGACUUCUAUGGGAAGCACAAGGGCCAGCUGUACAGCAAGUAUCUUUUGAGAGCAAAACCGCUUGGCAUUGCCCACUCUCACGACUGCAGGGCAUCAGCUACACACAAGAUGCCCUCUGGGGCCACUCAUGAGACUCACCUUGAAAAUAAGCUUGAAGGUGUCUUGACCCCCAGUGAACAGUCCUGGCUCUGGAAGAUCAAGUCCAAGAUAAACGACCAUGCUUACAAUCAGGACAUCAGCACCUACAAUAAUGACGAGAGAAUGGGGAUUGAAUAUGCUGGCGUGGUCUUCACCAAUCUUGUAAACAAAGCAGCCAUGUCUGAUGACCCAGACUUCCAGAGUGAUCACUCUUUUGACAACCAAGAAUUUAGUCUGUCGGCGUUCCUGAAAUAUGACAAGAAUAGUGAUUCUCACAUACUUUCCCUGCCUUAUAUUGAAAAUCUUCCUGAGGCUUUUGAACAACUCAAAGCCUCAAUUGUUAAUGCAUUGGAGGCAGUGCAGCAAUACAUCGACAGUUUAGAUGUGAAUAAUGCUGUUGCUGAGUUCAGAGCUACUUUGGAGAAAAUACCACAGGAUGUGGAAAAUUAUAUUACAGAUUUGGACCUUGAAGGAAAAUUCAAGCAAGCUACCGAGGCAUUGGUUUCCUGGAUGAACAGCUAUGCAAUCUCAGUCGAUGACUUGGAGGCCAUUGUGGAGAAUUUGAGAGAAGACUUUGAAAAGUCUCUACUGGACACAGCAAGUAAAAUAAGAGACAUGCUGGUUCAAAUCAAAGAAUAUGUUGAAAGUGGGACCUUGUCUGACACCAUAUACAAUUUCUUUAGAGAGCUUGGAACUGCUCUCAGGAGCUUUGAUGAGACAUAUCAGCUUUCCCAGACACUUGUCAGGGCAAUCGAAGCGAUUGAGGACAUCGUCAGGCAGAUUGACAUGGAGAAACUUACAGACAGCAGUUUGGGUUGGCUGCAAGAUCUUGACAUAAAUUAUGGAAUAAGGGAUUGGCUACAGGAGAAAGUCAAUGAACUGAAGCAAACCAUAGACACAUUUGAUAUUAUGAUGUUAGCCCAGGAUCUAAAAGAGUAUAUAGAAAAUACUAUACCUGAAUUAAUUCAAUUUUUAAGUCAAAUUUCAGAUCGACUUCCGACCGAUGACAUAAAAAACACACUUGAAACUAUAAAAGAUAUUCUUGUCAACUGGCUUGAUGAAUAUGAAAUUGAUCGCAAAAUUAAUUCUGUGAUCUCUAAAAUACAGGACCUCUUUCAACGCUAUGAAAUUGACCAGAAGUUUGAGAUGCUCACUAAUGACUUUGUUGAACUGAUAAAACAAUACAAAGUCCAUGAAACCCUGCAACAAGUGGCAGAGGAACUGAAGAAAAUUAAAAUUGAAUAUUUCUUUAACAAAUUCAUGCAAGUUCUUGAUGAUGUUAUCAAUCAGUUAAAAUCUAUUGACUUUAAACAAAGUAUUGAUGAUUUAAAUGAAUACAUUUCAACAACAGCCAAAGCAAUACAGGAAUUUGAUUAUAAAAGUAACAUCGAUGACGCCAACCAGAAAAUCAGUGAAGUUAUUGAAUAUGUGAACGAACACAUAAGAACAUAUGAAAUUCCACAAAAAAUCGAAGCUUCUCGACAGUUUCUCAGAGAGAUUCAGUCCACCAUAUGGAAUUACUUGGAUCAAGUCAAAGCAACAAGAGUGGGAGAGGUGCUCGUUAUGUUGAAGGAUGUUCUUGACAAAACUGCUUACAAAGACAUUCAGUUCAAGGUACAAGACAUGUUGGAGGAUGUGAGACAGAGAGUCACUGACAUGGACAUCAAAGCUGAAAUUAUGUACUACUUGGAGAGAGCCAGUGAGUCCUACACUAACAUGCUGGCCUACAUCUCUCUUCAAUUCGAUAAACUGAUUGAGACAAUUCGCCAGGUGACAAAGGACCAAGAGAUUCUUGACCAAAUCAGUAAUUCUGUAGAGGGCAUACUUGAUGCCCUGAAAAAGGCAGAGAUUCGAACUCCUUCCUUCACUGUCCCACUGACAGAUCUCACAAUUCCAACAGUAACCAUAGUCCUUCAGAACCUCCAAGACAUUGAAAUUCCAUCUAGCAUUACAAUCCCAGAAUUCAGCAUCCUUGAAAUAAUCGAGGUGCCACCCAUCACCAUUGAUUUUGACAGGCUCAAGCAGUUGAUAAUUGAUCUAAUUGACGAAAUCCGUGCCUUUGAGCUUCCAAUAGUAGAACUUGAAGCUAUGUUUGGAGAUUUAAGGGUUCUAUACAUGUCCGACCUGCCAGACCUUACUUUUCCUGGGAUCACACUUUCAGAAAUCAGGAUCCCUGAUAUAACUCUACCCAAAUUGAACUGUGAAAACUUUGAUAUCACAAAAUUGCCAAUUCCUGAGGUGAAGCUGCCAAAGAUUCCAAGCGAGGUCCAAGUGCCUGCCUUUGGUAAACUCUAUGGUGAGGUAAGGAUAAACUCACCCCACUACACACUGAUGACAGGAGCCAAACUAGAAAACUCAACAACUGCUCCCAAAUCCCCUCAGUUUACCGCUACUCUGUCCUCCCAGGCCAAAUCGACCUUUGAGCUUUUAGAGUUCUCCUUGGAUGGCACUCUCCGUCUUGAAGCCCCGAGAAUGAAGAAGAUGGUCCUUAAAGAGACACUUAAGGCCUCUCAUGUGGCUUUUAACAUUGACCAUGAGGGUACUUUGAUUUUCAGUGGACUAUCAGCUGAAGUAACAGCAAAUACUACUGCUAAGGCCACCACUGAAAUGUACACAGCUGAUUUGGUAAAUCAUUUUGAGCUUGCCCUGAAGAAUGGAAUUUCUGCAACAAUGGCCACAAACUACAACCACAACCUCAAUAUCCCAGUCGCAGAUAUUUUAAGUCAAGCCACCAUGACACAAAUAUCAAAGGCACAAUUUGAAUCUGGUGCUAUCUCUGUGACCGUUGGGACAAUUGGCAGUGGGAAGCUGGCACGGCCGGAGCAUCACUUUUCAGAUGAGGGAACACACAAGAGCAAACUGGAGUUUAAUGUCAACAUUGGCACUGCAACAUGUGAAUUUAAUGGAGAAACGAUAAGCAGGUACUAUACACUGAGACAGGACAUCAAUAUUGAAUCGGCCAUGCUGGAUCAUGUGACAAUUAAUGUUAUACUCGAAACAGAAGCUCCACCUAUCGAAAGCAGUCGUAUGACCUUGCAGGGAGUGGCUAAGAUGGAAGACCUGAAGCUUGAUCUGAAAGCCAACCAUAAUGCUGUGAUGAGGGGUCCGGUGCGUGGCACCAUAUCUAACUCUCUGGAGUUUUUGGCAAAGCCAUUUGAGAUGGUUCUAGACAGCAAGAACAAGGGGAAUGUCAGGAUUGUCUUCCCCUUCAAGCUGACUGGAAAGGUUGAUCUCCAGAAUGAUUAUGGAUUCAUUCUGAACCCAGAGAAACAGCGUGUCUGCAUUGUGGGAUUGGCUCGCUUCAAUCAGUACAAAUACAACCAUAACUUCACCCUGGACAAUAACAAAUAUGACGUUGGCAUUUAUGGUGCAAUGAAUGGUGAGGCCAACCUAGACUUUUUGACUGUACCUCUUUCAGUCCCAGAGAUGACUCUACCUUACUUUAACGUGAAAACGCCAACGAUUACAGAUGUUUCGCUGUGGGAAGACCUCGGCCUCAAUGCUCUUCUUACUACUCCUCGCCAGAAUUUUGACAUGAAUUUUAACUUGCUGUAUCAGAAAAACCCAGACACGCAUGCAUUCUACUUUGAUCUUGUACCUGUAUAUAAUAUAAUCAAUAACAAUGCUGAAUUUCUGCAGACAAACUUUGAGAUGGGAAGAGACUGGGUUUUCGAUAACCUCAUGGAGUCCUACAAUCAUGCCAAGUCUCAGUAUGAAAAAUACAAAAUUGACACAUCCAGUCAGCCUCCUAAAUAUUUUAGGAUUCCUGGAUACACUGUCCCAGUCCUGAACAUUGAAGUGUCUGCUUUCAGGGCUGAAAUGCCAGCAUUUAGCUUUAUCAUCCCCAAAGAAGUUAGCACACCAAGUUUUAAAGUGCCAGCGCUGGGUUUCUCAGUUCCAUCCUAUACUCUUGUUCUUCCUUCCCCGGAGGUUCCAGUCCUGUAUUUACCUGAAACACUCAGGGAGUUGUCUCUUCCAACACUCAGGUUGCCUGAAGUCCAGAAUAGCAUUAUGAUACCAGCCAUGGGGAAUAUGACAUACGAUUUUUCUUUUAAGUCCGCAAUGAUCACUCUAAAUGCCAAUGGUGGACUCUACAAUCAGUCAGACAUUGUGGGAAGAUUAGGAGCUACCUCCACCUCUGUGUUUGAUGUUCUGAAAGGAAAAUUUGAGGGCACAACCAGGCUGACGACGAACAGAGGUCUUAAGCUGGCUACGGCCAUGGCACUAGAGCACAAGAACGUUGAGGGAACCCAUGAUGGCUCUCUCAGCUGCACAAGGAGAGGUUUGGAGGGAACCAUGGCAAAUAUUGCUAAAGUCAAUUCGCCCAUCUUGACUCUGGAGUUGGAUCAGGAAUCAAGUUUAGAUUCUCACAGCUCACCAAAUGUUGUCACUAAGCUGAAAGGGAAAUACAACUUUAAUAUCCCCUACAUUGAUGCCAGAGGAGGCGGUGACAUUGAGCAUAAGACAGACCUUGGAAUGGAGAGUAUCUACAUCUCUGUGGAUAGUUAUACAAAGGGAAAGAUGGACGGGACCGUCAUGGAGACUGGAAAGUUUUCUGCAGGUUUGAACAAUGAAGCCUCCUUCUUUCUCGGUGUAGUAGAUCAUCGGUCAUCACUGGCCACACUUGUACAAGUGAAAUAUGACCAUGAUGACAUCAAGAUUUUGAACAUCGAGUUGAGUGAGCUCUUAGCGCUGGAAGCAUCUCCACGUCGUCUUUUUGCUACAAUGAAAUUAGCAGGCAACAAUGAGGCUUACUUCACAGAAGGGGCUUUCCUCACAGAUGGCAAGCAAUCUGUCCAAGCUACUCUUGAGAUGGUUCCCCUCACAAUGGUACUGCUCCAUACAGUCGUUGAUUUUUCUCAGCAGAGUCCCAUUGGAGAUGCAGAACUACUUCAGAAAAUGAACCUUGACCUCACAGCAGAGAAGCAGUCAUUGAAAUGGAGUGGCAAAGAGCAAAUCACUCCCAUCAUCCAUGCAUGUGAUCUUGUGUUGUCCAAUGAUAGAGCAGAGAUCCGCAUGGAAGCAACACAGUCUUUGGAGGGGUAUCUUGCCUUCCUGAAAUCCAUCAAGCUGCCAGUGUAUCAGAAGACAGUGUGGGAUGUUCUGAAGUUUGACCAGGUCACCAACACAGAAGAACGUCAGUUCAUUAACGGCUCCACUGUUGUUGUUUACACAAAGAGUCCAGAGGGGUACAAGUUUGGUUUUGGGGAAAUACCCGCACUGAUCAGUGACAUAAAUGAUUUCUUGGAAAAUGUCGAUCUUGAUUUCUCUCUUCCACACACCUUUUCCACUCCACAUAUUGACGUACCAUUUACUAACUUUUAUAUCCGACAUGGAUAUGUUGACCUGAACAAUAUAGAAAUCCCUGAUGAGAUAGCAUUGCCUCAAAUAGAUAUCAGCCUGCCUGGUUUACCCCAACUCACAAUUCCAGCUCUUGAGAUAGGCACAAAGUACUUUGAGGGUGAGCACAUUCUUUUGAAACUUCCAAAGUUUGAACUUGCCUGGUCAGGAAUCCAGCAACCGAGAUUCCUUGAUGACAUAAUGGCUCUACUACCAGACUGUGGCGUACCUCCAUUUCAUAUUCCCAAACAGUAUAUUGAAAUCCCAGAGAUGUCAUUAAAGUUACCAGCUGUUAUAUUUAUCCCAACCUUUGGAGCUCUUUCAACAACAGUGAAGGUAUCCUCUCCUAUUUAUACGGAGACGUGGACCACUGUUGUGGAGAAUAAGUACCCUGAGAUUCUGACUUCCUUCAAUGCUGCCUGCACCUCAACAAUGGCCUUCCUUGCGUAUGACUUGGAUGCAAAAGCAACCUGGCGCAUUUUUGAUGAAGCUUUCAGCAUGAAUGGAAUUAGCAAACUGACCCACAAUGACCUGAAUGUUAACUGGCAGCACACACUGGCUCAGAAUAUCAGAUCCAAGCGCCAAGAGCCUCAGGAUGACAGCUCUCACCAUACACUGAACGUGGACAUCACAAGCCCAACCUUCAUUGAUGUGAGCUGCCGGUAUGCAUCUCAAAAAAAUGGCAUCACAGCUUCUGUUUCCUCUCCAUCUGCUGGGUUCAUAGGAUUCCAGCUCCAGAGGAGGUCGCCUUCACAAUACCAUGGAAAGAUCUUUGGUCGCUAUCCGUCUUCUCCUGACAAAGACACAGAUAUGGUAACUCUCAAAGCCACCCUGAGGAACUCAGAGAAGCUGAGCCUCCAGAUAGCUUGGAACUGGAACACUGUUAGUGACCUCCUGUAUGGAGUAAAGCAGAACGCGCCGCACAUCGCCGCCUCCCUUAAGAAGUGUAUCAACAAGUACCACACUGCUCACCUCGGCAUGGACUUGAAUCGAGCCUCUCUGAAGAUGAAGAACGGCCUCUCCAACACCAUUGAAAGAGCCUACCACGAGGUGCCUCAGAUGGUCAACUCAGUGGAGAACUCCAUAGAACAGCUCGAAAUGCGGACCCAGGAGGUUAUAACGAGGGUCGCCAAAAGCAUUCCAUCCGUGGACCUCCAGGAGAUGAGGAACAGGUUCUCUGCCAGAGCUAGAGAGCUUUACAAGUAUUAUGAGAAGAAUGCCCGGGUCCUUCUCGACGCUAUAAUGCAGUUCCUCAAGGAGACCAAAUUCCACCUGCCUGGACUGGAGGAGAAGCUCAGUGGACAGGAGUUGUACCACAGAGUCCGAAAGUCUGUGUCAGCAGCUAUUGAGCAGGUCACCAAAAGCUUCACUAGUCUAAUGGAGUCCAUCUACUCUCUCAUUAGUGGCAUUGAGAUCACAUUGCCAUACUUUGAUAAGGUCAUUCGGGGGCAGGAGAUAUUAGACAGUAGUCUGCCAACUAUGGAGUCUAUUGAGGAGUAUGUGGGUGAGACUAUGAAGAAGUGGGAGAAUCUAAGGCUGGAGACCUUGUUUAAGAGCCUGAAUGAUUUCCUGAAGUUCUGCAUUACGAAGGUGGAAGAAUUCAUAACCUCCCUGCAGGACGUGAGGCUCAGUGAACUCUUGUACGAGUUCCGGUACCACGUCGCAGAACUUGGAGCCACGCCCGCCAUGGAGGGAAUCAGAUCAGCGUUAGCAGAAGCAAAGGGAAACGCAGCCGCAUACAAAGACAUGGCAAAAGUGGAAAUUCAGAACAUGUACAACGGUCUGACCAUGGAGAACAUCAACCAAACUGUGAUCGUCGCUGCUGAUGUGUUUGAAUCCCAUUUCCUUGGUGGGGCCAAUGAGUUCCAUGACCAGCUGAGACACCUCACUCAGGGUGCAGAGCCCUACAUCAAAAUCUACAACAAGAAAGCGGAGGUAGAAAUCCCCCUUCCCUUUUUCUGGAAGUCUUUUAGUGAAUGGCCAACUCAGACCAGGGAAUAAUUUUUCAUUAGGAAGAGGCAGGUUGCAAACAAGUGUUUGAGAAGGACUGAUUAGUCUGAAAAUGUAAGAGAUUGUAUUUAACAGGGUAAACUAACACACAUGUUUUUUGUCAUAAAGUUGUGUUUAAUCAAGUUUUUGUUUAAACCUUGAAAUGAGACAGUAUGCUGUAAAUUCAUUGUUUUCAUCAAUUAAAUCCUUUAUAUUA